AUGGCCCCGGUCGCCAACUAUCUAACAAGGACAAAGCUGGAGGUUACACCUGUCACGCCCAAGUCCAACGAGCUGCCGUUCAUUGAGCGGACUUCGGACCUUCUCAACAUUCUCUCUAAGAUGGCGAUGGCGUACAAAGGGAUGAAGGAAGGGAACGAGCACGCCAAGGAGGGCUACCCUGGCCUUGCUUACGUGGAGGGGCCAACGGGUUCGGGAAAGACCCGUCUCAUGCAAGAGCUGCUGCGGUUCCCGAAAACCGAACCCCCGGAACAGCUUGUGGCCGAAAUUCUGGAGCGGGAGGGGUCUCUGGGUGGAGAGAUGGCACGGGAGUACGUGGACUUAUGA